UACUUGGCAAUAUGGUGAAUGACAGAAACAGUAGUAACCGGUAUUACAUGAUGGCCGCAGAUUACUACAGAGAAGAGGGCGAGACACAAUAGAUAGAGACCUCACACACCACACACUGACAGUAGGCUGGGUCUAACAGGAGAGACAGCUGCUGGGAGAGCAAGGCUCAGGGAGUGUCUGCAGAGAGACAGGCCCAGGGAGUGACAGAGAGACUGGCAGAACAGGGAGGAGACUGCAGCAAGAGCAACACAGACAAAAAAAUUACCAGGAAGGGUGAAAUCUGCAGUCUAUUCUACACCGAGAGACCCUCAGGAGCAGCCACCAGGGUCAACAGCACAGACGUAGACGCCGAUCUGCUGGAGAGCCAAGAUGUCUGAGGAAGUUAUUGUUCCAGUGUAUGCUACAGGGAUCUCUGCCCAGCUGCAGAAGCAACGGGACCAAGAACUGGGCAUAGGAAAACAUGAAAACGCUGUGAAGUUUUUAGGGCAAGAUUAUGACCGGAUUCUGCAUGAGUGUUUACAAAGUGGGACUCUCUUUAAAGAUGACACCUUUCCUCCUUCUGCUUACUCACUGGGCUUUAAGGAGCUUGGUCCAAACUCAUCUAAGACCUAUGGAGUUAAAUGGGUCCGGCCAACGCAACUUGAUUCAAACCCCCAGUUUAUCGUGGAUGGUGCAACAAGAACAGACAUCUGCCAGGGAGCUCUUGGUGACUGCUGGCUCCUUGCUGCAAUUGCCUCCCUGACGUUAAAUGAUACUCUGCUCCACCGUGUGGUUCCUCAUGGUCAGAGCUUUCAGCAGAAUUAUGCAGGUGUCUUCCACUUCCAGCUAUGGCAGUUCGGUGAGUGGGUAGAUGUUGUGGUUGAUGACUAUCUCCCAGUCAAGGACGGAAAACUUGUCUUCGUUCACUCAGCUUCAGGGAAUGAAUUUUGGAGUGCACUUCUGGAGAAGGCCUAUGCUAAAGCGAAUGGGAGUUAUGAAGCUCUUUCAGGUGGAAGCACUUCUGAAGGCUUUGAAGACUUUACAGGAGGAGUUACUGAGUGGUAUGAGCUGAAAAAGCCUCCUGUAGACCUUUUUGGCAUUAUCAUAAAGGCUUUGGAGAGGGGGUCCCUCAUGGGUUGCUCAAUUGAUAUAACUAGUGCAAACGAUAUGGAAGCCGUAACCUUCAAGAAACUGGUGAAAGGACAUGCAUAUUCUCUUACAGGAGCCAAAGAGGUCAACUAUAGAGGUCAGAACACAAAGCUAAUUCGGAUGAGGAACCCAUGGGGAGAGGUAGAGUGGACAGGAGCUUGGAGCGAUAACUCGAAUGAGUGGAAUAAUGUGGAUCCUUCAGAGAGAGGUGAACUGAGAAAUCAAAUGGAGGAUGGUGAAUUUUGGAUGUCUUUCCAAGAUUUCCUUCGAGAGUUUUCUCGCCUUGAGAUUUGUAACCUCACUCCCGAUUCUUUAAAAGCUCGCAAAUUCCGCAAGUGGAACACAACUCUUUAUAGUGGAAACUGGAGGAAAGGGAGCACAGCUGGCGGAUGCAGAAACUACCCUGCAACCUUCUGGAUCAAUCCUCAGUUCAAAAUUAAGCUGGAAUGUGAAGAUGAUGACGAUGACUAUGGUACGGAAAAAGGCUGCACCUUUCUUCUUGCCCUCAUGCAGAAGAACCGGAGGAAGGAAAGGCGAUUUGGAAAGGACAUGGAGACCAUUGGCUUUGCUGUUUAUGAGGUUCCCAGAGAGUUUGUGGGGCAGCAAGCUGUGCACCUCAAGCGUGACUUUUUCCUAUCAAAUGCAUCACGUGCACGAUCCGAGCAGUUCAUCAACCUGCGAGAAGUCAGCACAAGAAACAAGCUCCCCCCAGGAGAAUACAUAGUGGUGCCUUCCACCUUUGAGCCCAAUGUUGAGGGAGAUUUUGUCUUGAGAGUCUUUUCAGAAAAUCGUCAUGGGACUGUGGAAAUGGAUGAUCCAAUCACCGCUAACUUACCUUCUGAGGAAGUCUUAUCUGAAGAUCAACUUGAUGAAGGAUUCAAGGAGCUAUUCAAAAAGCUCGCUGGAGCGGAUAUGGAAAUAAGUGUAGUCGAGCUACAGUCCAUACUAAACAGAAUCAUGGGCAAACAUAAAGACCUUCGCUCUAAAGGGUUUAGCUUGGAGUCUUGCCGCAGUAUGGUGAACCUGAUGGAUAAAGAUGGAAAUGGAAAAUUAGGAAUGGUGGAGUUCAAUGUUCUGUGGAAUAAGAUCAAGAAUUAUUUGACCGUGUUCAGACAGUUUGACAUAGAUAAGUCUGGAAGCAUGAACGCCUAUGAGAUGCGCCUGGCAAUAGAGAAUUCAGGUUUCAAACUGAGCAACCCCCUCCACCAGCUCAUCAUCACCCGAUACGCCGAGCCGGAUCUGGCAGUGGAUUUUGAUAGCUUUGUGUGUUGUUUGAUCCGGCUGGAGACCAUGUUUAGGUUCUUCCUGGGGAUGGACACAGAUAAAGAUGGUGUUGUCAACUUCAAUCUCUUUACGUGGCUCCAGAUGACUAUGUUCGCAUAAUGAAAUCCUUGUCCUGCAUGGGCCGGAUCCCUGAACGCUCCUGUCCUAUAAUCAAGUGCAAGUGCCUUCUCACUAGCUGCCCCUGUGCCAAAGCAAUAGAAUGAAGACGUGCCUCUCCGCCAUCUCUUUCCUGCAUAUGCUCCUGCGUGUCCUCUCACUGUCUCAGCAGAAUCCGUUAUAUGUAGAUCUCCAACAUGUUUGCAUCUUUUUCCUUCCCUUUCACCAGAGAGAGAGAGAUCUUAGAGCAGUGGUCUCCAACCCUGAUAGCUGGUUCAUCUGCACUAAACCUAAUACACAGGGUUAUACUUUGGGUAAACUAGAUUAAAAUGAGAUAUACCUUACUCCGAUUGGUGUAAGCUAUAACUUGAUCUGCAUUCAGGAGAUACGAGGAAGUAUUCGGCUCCGUUGCUAAUAUGCUAAUGCUGUCCUUUGGGCAAUGGAGGAGGUGUACAUAGCUUCCGUGCCUCACCCUCUCUGCUGCUAUAUGCCCACCCAUAGUGCCCUCACAUUGGUGAAGGGUCAUCCAUGAAUAUUUAUGAGGUGGUCGGACAUAUGGGAGCAAGGGAAAGCAUGAGCAUAUUAGCAAUAGAGCCUAAUGCUGUCCUUGGAGGAGGAGAACAUAGCUUCCGUGCCUCACCCUCUCUGCUGCUAUAGGCCCACCCAUAGGACCCUCACAUCAGUGAAGGGUCAUCCAUGAAUAUUUAUGAGGUGGUCGGACAUAUGGGAGCAAGGGAAAGCAUGUGCAUAUUAGCAAAAGAGCCUGAUACUGCUUGUAUCUCCUGAAUGGCGGCACCGAUCGGAGUUAGACAGCAUUAGCAUAUUAGCAACAGAGCCGAAUACUUACGCGUAUCUCCUGAAUGCAGAUCAAGUUAUAUCUCGGAGUAAGCUAUAUCUCAUUUUAAUCCGGUUCACCCACACUAAAAACCGAUGUAUUGAGUUUGGUGCAGGGGAAUCAGUUGCCAGUUUUUCUUUAAGCUGCACCUUCCGGCAUGCCCUAUAUCUUACCGGCUCUUGGUAGAGUCUUGCCAGCGGUCAGAUGUCUUAUGUUACACUACUUGCCAUUUCUUGUUUUGUACCGGUUUUGAAAGUCAAAAUAAAGACAAUCAUUCUGUAA